UUUUACCAUGCAAUGGAAAAUUAUUACAAAGUAAAACAACCAAAGAAAGUCUAUCAGGAAAAAUAAAAAACGUUAAAUAGAAAGACCCAUAGACCAAAGAAUGUAAGGAGAAUACGUUUCCAAUGCAGCGAUUAUUGGGGCCGCAUAACAGAAUCAACUGAAAAGUCCACAUUUAAAACACCCACAACAAAAUGGCGGCAACCAAGUACAGGCUUCGCCGAGCUAUAGAUUCAUUGUAUACUCACGGUCCCGCAACUCAUGAAUGCUACACUGGCCUCGCCCUCGAAUGCUUUCGAGCAAACGAUGUCGAUCAGGCGAAAAGACUGGAAACCCAUAUGGAUUUUCACUUGUAUCAGCCCAGUGACAGUUUCCUUCAGAAUCGUCUCCUUCAUUUGUAUGCAAAAUUGGGUAAAAUCUCACAUGCUAGAUACCUGUUUGAUAAAAUGUCAUACAGAGAUAUUUUCUCUUGGAAUGCUAUGCUUUCUUUGUAUGCAAAAGCUGGGUUGGUUGAGGAUCUGCGGGUUGUGUUUGAUGACAUGCCUUCUCGGGAUUCUGUAUCGUAUAACACUGUGAUUACGGGUUUCGCGAAAAAUGGACGUGCAGGCAAGGCAGUGGAGGCUUUUGUGAGAAUGCAAACUGAAGGAUUUAAGCCUACAGAGUAUACCCAUGUGAGUGUUUUAAAUGCUUGUACCCAGUUGUUGGAUUUGAGGAAGGGGAAGCAGAUUCAUGGGAGGAUUCUUACUGGAAAUUACUUGGGUGGUAAUGUGUUUAUUUGGAACGCUCUAACUGAUAUGUAUGCUAAGUGCAAGGAGAUUGAUCAAGCAAGGUGGUUGUUUGAUAGAUUGGCCAAUAAGAAUAUGGUAUCAUGGAACUCCAUGAUUUCUGGGUACUUGAAAAAUGGGCAGUUUGAAAUAGGCAUUAACUUGUUUCAUGAGAUGCAGGGGUUAGGUUUAAAGCCUGACCAAGUUACAGUAUCAAAUGUUCUCUGUGCUUAUUUUCAAAGUGGAUAUAUUGACGGAGCAACUAAGUUAUUUAGUGAGACUAGAGAAAAAGAUAAAGUUUGCUGGACAACAAUGAUAGUGGGAUAUACACAGAAUGGAAAAGAAGAAAAUGCUUUAAUGUUAUUUAAUGAGAUGUUAGAGAAUGUCAGGCCAGAUAGUUAUACUAUUUCGAGUGUGGUUAGUUCUUGUGCCAAAUUAGCUUCUUUGAUUCAUGGUCAAGUUAUUCAUGGUAUAGCAUUGCUAAUGGGAAUUGAUGAUGAUUUGCUUGUUUCCACUUCUCUUGUUGAUAUGUAUUGCAAAUGUGGAGUCACUAGUGAUGCGUGGGUAGUGUUUAGUAUGAUGCCUGCUCGAAGUGUAGUAUCUUGGAACGCGAUGCUUGGGGGCUAUGCACGGAAUGGACAAGAUUUAGAGGCCUUAGCUCUUUAUGAGAAAAUGUUCCAAGAAAAUAUAAGACCAGAUAACAUCACAUUUGUGGGAGUUCUCUCUGCUUGUAAUCAUGCUGGUUUAUUUGAUGAAGGUAAGAAACAUUUUGAUUCAAUGAGUAAAGUGCAUGCCCUGGAGCCUACAUUGGACCAUUUUGCAUGCAUGAUCAAUCUCCUUGGGCGUUCAGGAUGUUUGGAUAAAGCAAUAAACCUGAUUAACACUAUGCCUCAUGAACCGAAUUGUCUAAUUUGGUCUACUGUUUUAUCUAUUUCUGCACUGAAGAGUGACAUCGAGCAUGGGGAGAUGGCAGCUAGGCAUCUAUUUGAAUUAGAUCCCCUUAAUGCUGGACCUUACAUCACGCUGUCCAAUAUGUAUGCUGCUUGUGGAAGGUGGAAGGACGUUGCUUCUGUGAGAUCUCUAAUGAAAACUAAUAAUGUUAAAAAAUUUGCUGCCUACAGCUGGAUCGAGAUUGAUAAUGAAGUCCAUAAAUUUGUAGCAGAUGAUCGAACUCAUCCAGAUACAAAAUUAAUUUAUGAAGAACUCAAUGGAUUGAUCAGGAAACUGCAGAAAGCUGGGUUCAGUCCUAAUACAAACUUGGUUCUGCAUGAUGUUGGAGAGGAGGAGAAACGUGAAUCUAUUUCUUACCAUAGUGAAAAACUUGCUCUUGCAUUUGGAUUGAUGAAAAAGUAUCAUGGACCCAUAAGGAUUAUAAAGAAUAUUCGUGUUUGUGGCGACUGCCAUGUUUUUAUGAAGUUUGUAUCAGAAAUUACUGGAAGGCAAGUCAUCCUGAGAGACUCAAACAGAUUCCAUCAUUUUGUUGCAGGGAAGUGCUCCUGCAAUGAUUACUGGUGAUAUAGAGUCCAUUGCAAUAUCCAAUUUCCUAAACUUUCCCCGAUAAUUCUUGUUAGAUUUGAAAAAUGGGUUUUCCUGUAACCGAGGGGUCGUAAGAUAGAUUUUUAGAGACUGGAAAAUGCAUGGGAAGUCUCCUUCUGCAACUUAAUGGCAGAAGCUGAGUUUUGAGCAAAGGCUUCUGCAAGUUGGGGAAUGGGAUUACAUGUUUAAGAGGAAAAUUCUGACAUAUACGUAUAAGAGGAAGCAAUAAUGGAAGAGAAUACCUGAAACGCAAGAGAUUUGUUCUUGAUCUGCAGAUUCAAUUUAGGGUCAGAAUGAAACCAUUGAAGGAAUUAUAGUGUAGGUCUCUCAUGUGAUCAGAUACACAACCAUGAAAAUAUAACUUCUCACAAUAUCCAUAGAAAUCUAUCUCCAUUGUAAUCUAUCUUCAAUUACAUAGUCAUUUAUUCUUGA